AUGGAGGCGAUCAUUCCCGCAGACGUCAAGUUAGAGGACUUGGAAGUGACGCUGGCCAACAACGAGAACGAGGUGAGAGACAACGUGUCCAAGCAGAUCAGCGAAGCGUACGAUGAAAUCCUACCGUUGCGAUUGCAGUUCAACGAUUUCAUACAAACAAUGGCGAGCAUAGAUCACGGCGGGUCCAGACCAGCGGACUGCACGGCCAAGUACCUACAUGUUAGGGAUAAGAUUUUGCAACUUAACGAUAGGUUUCAGGCAUUGUCUUCCCAUUUGGAGACUCUGCAGCCUUUAUUCAGCACCGUCCCAGAAUACUUGAAAACCGCAGACAACAAAGACCGAAGCUUCCAGCUCUUGGAACCGCUGAGCACAUACAACCGGAACAGUGCCGUUCCUGGCCCUGUUGCAGCUACAGGAGUUACGAAUACUGGCCACUCCACGGCGGGUUCGACCCCCACAACCACGACCCCUCAUCCUAUACCCAACACACAUGCGCAUUCGCUUUCCAACCCGGGUGCCACUACUACAGUGCAACAGAACCCCAUGGCCAGUAAGAGAGGUUCAAAAGGGAAUGUCAAUAGCGGAACUCCCAACGCAUCUGGCACUUCUGCAGCUGCAGUAGCUGCAGCUGCCAAAAAACCAAGAAAACCAAGACAAACCAAGAAGGCAAAGGCCCAAGCUCAGGCCCAAGCUCAGGCUCAGGCACAGGCACAGGCUCAUGCUCAAGCACAAGUGUACGCACAGCAAUCCGCUGCCCAAACACCAAUAACGGCAUCCAUGACGGCUGCGCUGCCCAACCCCACCCCCAAUGUGAUCAACAGCGUUUCGCCCACGAAUGUCAUGGGCACCCCGCUGACCAACAUGAUAUCACCCCUGGGGAAUAGUUACUCGAUGGCCGCCCAGAGCCAAGGAGGACAACCCGCCAUGUCACAGUUUGGUAGCAACGGAAAUGGAAGAAUGGACAGCACCGGAGCCAACCUAAACCCCAGCACAAACGCCAACAACACACCACUACAGUCGCAAUUGGGCCUAAACAAUCUUACCCCGGCAAACAUCCUAAGCAUGAGCAUGAAUAACGAUUUCCAACAACAACAACAACAACAGCCGCAGCAGCAGCCGCAGCAACCGCAACCGCAACCUCAGCAGUACAAUAUGGGCAUGAACACCAUGAACAGCAAUGGCAAGGAACUGGAUUCUCUGGACCUCAACAACCUGGAGCUGGGUGGCCUGAAUAUGGACUUCUUGUGA